AUGGAGUAUGCCCGACUAUAUUUCCAAGGAAAAGAAGAAAUACCAGGACUUGUGGAAACAUUCUAUACGUCGAUGCAGAAAAAGCUCCGGGCCGGAGCCAUUUCCGUCAGCGACAUAGAAAGCGGCCUGGAAGUAGACAUGUUCUACCUUGAAAAGCAUCUAAAAGAAGUAACCUCCUUUGGGAUAGACCAUUUAAGAGCUGCCCUUACCCGGAUCGUGCAGCAGGCAAAGGGCGUGCUGGCGAAAGCCCACAUCAAAAUAGUGCCUUUUCCAGAGCCGGUUCCGUUUUCUACGCUGAGGCACUCCUCGGUCGGCCGCGUGUUCUCCCUCGUGGGCGUCGUGUCCAAAAUAGAAAGCGCAAAGCCCAUUCCUAUUUCGGUUAGGUUUAUGUGCAACAAGUGCAACGCCGAGAUAGAGCACAUGCCCCAGUGCGGGCUUAUGGAAAAGCCCGAGCAGUGCAUUUCGCCUUGCAAGUCAAAGUUUUUCACUCUUCUGGCGGACUCCCCCAAGAACGUCUUCAAAGACCACCAGAGAGUAAAAAUCCAGGAGCUGUUUCUCACCGAGAUAGAGAGGCGGAAGGCCGGCUCCAUAAACUGCAUACUGGAGCAGGGCCAUGUGAACACGCUUCUUCCCGGAGACGCGGUGCACGUGCUUGGCAUGGGCGUGGCGGAAGAUAGCGCAGGAGACGGGUACACCGUGGGCAUAAAGGCCAACAACAUAAGCUUUCUCAAGCAGAAGGACAUGCAGAGCCAGUGUGUUUUCUUGCCUGCAGACAUCCAAGAAAUAAAGGCGCUCUCCAGGACAGAGGGCGUGGUGGACGCUCUGGCAGAGGCUCUUUUUGGCGAGAUUGUUGGACACAGCGCGCUAAAAAAGGGCAUUCUUAUGUCUCUGGUGGGGGGCUCCUACAAGAAGCACAAAAGAAAAGAGAUCCACCUGGUUGCGAUAGGCGACCCCGGAAUGGGAAAAAGCAAGCUGAUCCGAAUCGCGUCAGAGAUUCUCCCGCGGAGCAACUACAUCUGCGGAGCCACAACGACGCCAGGCGGGCUGGGCCUCACGAUGCAGUCUGGGUCAAGCGGCGAGUUCACGCUUGCAGCUGGCGCACUUGUUCUGAGCGACCUGGGGCACUGCUUUGUGGACGAGCUGGACAAGCUGAACAGCCCGCAGGUUUUGUUUGAAGCGAUGGAAAGCGAAGAAGUCACAAUUGCCAAGGCAGGGAUUGUCUGCGCAAUGCCUGCCAGAACGUCGGUGAUCGCAGCCGCCAACCCUCUGUGCGGAAGGUACCGCAAGGACAAAACGCUGGCUGAAAACCUAAACCUGCCGGACGAGUUCCUGUCUAGGUUUGACCUCAUAUUUGUCAUGCUGGACGAGGCCGGCGGGGCGGAGCAUCGAAGCAUUACCCAGCGCAUACUAGAGCAAGGCCCCAGCGAGGAGAGCUCGCAAAAAACACCCAGGUGCCUUGCGCAGAAGUACAUACAGUACGCAAGAGACCAGGUCAGCCCUGUUCUGUCCUCAAGCGCAAAGGAGUCUGUGGUCGCGUUUUUCACGACGAUCAGGCAAGAAAAGGUCUACAAAGGCCGGAUACUGCCCCAGCCGCUCACCCCGCGCGUGGUCGACUCUGUGGCGCGCAUUGCAGAGGCUCUGGCAAAGCUGCACCUGCGAAAAAUCGCCACAAAGUCGGACGUAGAGCAUGCCAUUGAGAUAAUAACCGUGGACAAAGCGCAGGUGCAGAAAAAGCCCGCAAGGAAAGAGCCGCCGCACGCUGCACUUAUGCGCCGGAUCCAGGAAACGCAAAGCUCCGAAAUAUCCGAAAAAGACGCGCAGGCUUUGGGCGAGUCGCUGGGGCUGGACAGAGAGCUGGUCAACCGCCUUAUAUACAAGUUCAAUCAGGAGGGGCUUCUCAUUAAAAAGGGAGGAGGCAUCUACAGGAUAAAGAUGUAG